AAGCAAUUCGCUGAAAUACACGUGUUUACGGCUCGUGCUUUUCAAAUUUAGUGCUAUAAGACUUCCAUCCGAAUGGGUGAUGACAAACUGGACCCACCCAGCACUUAUAACAGUUCGGAAAAUAAUUCACAGAGUUAUAUUGAACAACUGGAACCAUUUUGUAGUCGUUAUUUAAUUCGUAGCAUCGAGUCGGAUAUAUUGUCCUCUUCUGACAUUCCAACAUCUCCUAGCUUAGAUUUGUUUGGCGAAACUAUCACAUCAAGUCCAUAUAUUGACUCUCCACCAAUUGGUAGAACAACAAUAACUACUCCAUCCUGUUCUUGGAAUAAGUGUGACUCUUCGAGUUCCAUUCAGCAAGUUUGCACUAAUACAGAUAGCGGCUUUUCGAGCUGGACUGGAGGGGGAGAUUCGAAGACUAGAUCACCACCGAAUUUGGUUUCAUCUUACUGUGCCUUACCUAAUCCUAUUUACGCACCACUGACUUCAUCGAACAACGACAGAAUUUUUAUGUUCAAUCAAUCAGGUCCAGAACAUUCGACUUGGGACCCAACUAAUUUAAAUGAGCCAGACGCAAGUCAUAGCUGCAUGGUGACUAAUUCAUGUUCAUGUUUAAGUAAUCUUCCCUGCGCUAGCGAACUGAAUGAAGAACUUUCAGAUAGAAUGUUUGUGAGAAGUAUGGGUGAUAUGAUAAAAAAUUCACCCACAUGGUCAACUCCAUGGUCUUGUUCAAAUACAUAUCCUUCUUGUGCCUACGUGUCACGUAGUCCAGCAGUACAAAGUCCUUUAAAUGUGUCAGGUUCCUAUUCAGAAACCACAACAUCCAAAUUUUCGCCUUUUCUAUCUCUUGUUAGCAACUCACUAAAUGAAGACAAUUCUACAGGUGUAAAGUCCUGUGAUGGAUUGACGAAUGUCAUUGCGGACGACACACCUAAAACCGCAACUGAUUCUGGCAACUUAUUUUCAUCUACAAUAACACCUAAUUCUGUUUCUCCAAAUGGAAACAGAUCCACUCCAUUACACCGGCCAAUUCCUAUUCAUGAUGGGUACACUAUUCAAAGUCAUCAGUCUUGUUCUUCGAACUCAUCUUCUUCUUUAGCAAAUCGUCAUUCUAAUUCGCGUAUAUGGGAGCGACCAAAUCGUAGAAUUGACAAUAGUUCCAGUUCAGAUACUGUUAAGUGUCGUAAUCAUAGUUCCAAUAAUAAUCGACCUAGGACUGUAUCUUAUACCGCAUACUUAGAUUCGUCAUGCAGAAAACCCACAUUUAUCUACAGACCAGGUUCUGCACCAUUACAACAUGAUAAUCUUUUUAUUCCCGAAGAAGAUUCAGACCCAGAUGAUGAGAGCAGUGCUAACUCUAAAGAGAUGAAAGACAGUCAUUGUGUUCAUAAACGCCGAAAGUCGAAACCUCCUUCGAAUACAUCAACACGUCGUUUCUCUCAAAAUUAUUCAUCUUUAUCAUCCAAUAGUUAUUAUACUACGGACAUAAAAAUAAAUGGUGAGAAUUCACACAACUCAGUGACUACUGUUUCUACAAAUAUGGAACAACCCGAUAAUUACACAGAUGGUAUUUAUAACAGGAGAUUAAACAAGACUGAUCAGCAAGUUAAUCCACGUACAAAUACAACCAGCAUGCAUCUGAUGUCUGAUGCUUCCACUAACCAGUGCCUUACGAACUUAUCAUUCCUCAGUGAUGGAUCAGUUCAACAUAAUACAAAUUAUUCGACUGCAGCUCCUAGAAACAGUUUACCAGAAUAUAGCGCUUUGUCUCAUUCUAUCAAUUCAUUGCCGAAUUCACCUUUGAAUAAUUCUAUAUUUCCUAAUGAUAUAAAUGAGAUAGAUAAUAAUAGUCGGAUUGUAUUACAACCACCUAUGCCAGAUGUUGUACCACGAUUAGGAUUACAUAUGUUGUAUACUACACUUGGAUCCAGUGUCAAUUCAUCUGUGUAUCACCAACAUCAUCAUCAGCAUCAUUUAACAACUUCACAGCCACGGUGUUCAUCUGUUCCACUUGUACGAACAUCCUUGAAUAUGAAUUAUAAUUAUCAACAGUAUGGUUAUCCUAAUCAUCAUCAUCAUCACUACCAACAGCAGCAGUUCAACCACCACCACCACCAGCAACACCAUCUCUAUAAUCUUCAUCCAAGUGGAGUACAAAAUCCUUCUUUUUCACAAUCAUUAUAUGAUACUGGAUAUUCAUAUGAAACAAAUGAAUUAUAUGCAACGACAAAUAGUAUCAGUAAUAGGAUACAUUUAACUUUAUUAGCAAGACGUUUAGCUAGUGUUGGAGAUGAAUUAAUGGCAAAUCAAUCAUGCAUGAAUCGGUCAAACUAUACUCUGCUAAAUGGUGUAUUAUUUAAUGGUAUACAAAGAGCAAGAACUGGUCUACUAUCAUUUUGGAGAUUCUCUUCUCAUAUAGUAUCAUUGUUUACAUUGUCAAUAGAAUAUAUGCUAGGAUCUAUACAACUGGUCAAUCAAUCAUUACCUAUUGGUACUGACGACUUGCUGUCAACGAAUUCAAAUCAAAAUAUCUAUUCAUCAAGACGAAGAACAGCUACCUACAGUGGUUGUAGUGUAACUGCUUAUCCUCAACAUGGUCUUCAUACAUCAUCAUAUGACUAUCACCGACCAAGUGUUGAUAUAAUUGUUUCUCCUAGCCAAACAGAAAGUGAUCUACACAGAGUUUCAGAGGCUUCUCAAACACGAUUCCAGUCGUCAGCAUUAGCAGCAGCAGCGGUAACAGCAACGCUAUCGUCAUCAUCAUCAUUGUAUUAUGCUUACCCAUAUCAGCAUAAUUAUUGUCGCCAUCAUCAAUCACCAACGUCUCAUCCUAUUCAAUAUUGUGAAGGAAAUUCUUGUUUAGAGUCAAGACCAUCAUCGAUGAAUAAUCCUUGUGAGGAUACGGAAAUGACAUUUGAGGACAGUUCUAGUAGUAGUAGCGGCGGUAGUAGUAGUAGCCGUAAUAACUAGAUAUAUUCUCUAUUUGAAUUUUGACAAUUUCAAACUAAGCGCUAUUGAAAAGAAUUCAUAUUUUGAAACAGUAAAACAAGACAAAACAAAACAGUGAAUUGUAACCACUUCUUUUUUUCUCUAUCUCUCUCUCUCUCUCAAUAAAACAAUAAAGAUUUCUUUGAUUACUCUUCUACUGUGUGUAAUGUAUGUUUAUUAUUCAUAAUAAUUAGUAUAUUAUUAUUGGUGAAAGCAAAAGAUAUAUUCUGAUACAAACAAAUUUAGAUUUAUUUAAUCGCUACAACAUUACUCUCCCCCGCCACCUGUUUCUUCCUCUCUCUCUCUCUCACCACGUACCUAUCUUUUCCAAAUUACUGUUGAAAAUACUUUUAGGUGAAAAAAUCUAUAAUAUAUAUGAAAAAAAUUUACAGUUAGAUGGAAAACAGAAGGGAAAAGAUAAAAUAUUCUUAUUUUUUACGUAUGAUAAUACCUGACUACUUUCUCUAAGUCUAGUUAUUAGGGAGGAUAAUAUUUAAGCUGGAUUUUGAUUGGUUAAAAAAUUUCUGACUUCAAUGGGCCCUUAUAUGAUGAUUGGUUAGAUGUGUAUUAGUUAUACUACUGACUGACUGGUUAUGCGUUAAUCUGAUUGGUUGAUGGCUUCAUAUAUAUAUAAUAACGUAGAUGUAUGUUUUGCACUUUUCCAGAUAGAUAGUCAUGUACUUUUUUCUCUUCUUCUGCUUCUUCUUCUCCCUCUCUCUUACUCUGUCUUGUCGCCUUAAAAUUUUGAAUAGUGAGGUAGUUCUCAACCAACUUGGUGAAUUUACUAAUAACCGGUUUUUCUGUUGUUGUUUGGUUAGUUUAAAUUAAUAAAUUUAUUCUCUGCUCAUUUCUGCUAUUCCUACAACAACAGCAACAACAUAUUUCUCUUCUAAUUCUCAUUAAUUAUUAAAAAACAAUGAAACAUUUCGCAUUUUUGUUGUUGUUGUUGUUGUUGCGUAUUUCUACCCACUGACGACACUUACCUAUAUAGUCUGUUUGUCAGUUGUCAUAUGAGUGUGUAGGUAUGUAUUGUAGGACCAAAUCUAUUGUUGUUGUUGUUGAUUUUGCUAUGAGAGACAGAGUUACUAUUACCGUUAAUAAUACACUAAUACUGUUAGGUUUGAAGAAUAAAAAGGCCAUUUUUCGGAUUCAUCUUGACUCAAUAUGUAGGUUGUUUUUUUUAUAAAAAUUGGACUACUGACUAUUACUGCUAUUUAUUGUUAUAUAAUCAUUGUUGUUAUUAUUAUUACACUCCUCGCCCUUUUAUUUUCUACCUUCCAACACAUAUAUUUUUAUUAUUCUAGGGAUAUACAUGUAUAUGUGUAUGUAUUGAGUUGAUUUCUUUCGUGUUUUCGUCUUUUGAUAUAAAGAGAGAAAGGAGAGUAAAUAGACAGGUAAACAAAUCUUUAUUGAUUAUUUAAAAUAAAACAACAUAGUCAUUUUCUUUGUCUUAUUCUUCUUUUGUAUAUUAUUAUUAUCAUUACCACUACUACUACUACUAUUAUAUUAUUAUUAUUGAAUAAAUAUAUUUGUAUACAUUGAAGGAAGUGCUA